AUCAGCUGCACACACACACACACGGCCAUGCAGCGAGAGAGAGAGAAAGAAAGAGAGAGAGCCACACACAACGAGGGAACCCCAUCAGCUGGAAGUCGAGUAACAUUACAACUCUCAGCAGCCUGAAACUACUACAAUACACAGACGAGGAAUUCACGUCUUCUUUGAACAUUUAACCCGCGUCAGAUCACGGGUUUUUCACUCUCUAUCGUCAUCCUUUUUUGCUUUCAUUUCCACGGAGACUGUUUGCUGUUGUUUUUUUAGAGGGGGGGGGGGGACCAAACUGGCGAGAGCGAGGCGAGCAUGGAGUAUUUCAUGGUACCAGCUCAGAAGGUGCCCUCCUUACAACAUUUCAGGAAAACGGAGAAAGAAGUGAUUGGGGGCCUUUGUAGUCUGGCCAACAUUCCUCUGACCCCAGAAACAGCCCGGGACCAAGAGAGGCGAAUUCGCAGAGAGAUUGCCAACAGCAACGAGCGUCGGCGUAUGCAGAGCAUCAAUGCAGGAUUCCAGUCACUAAAAACACUCAUCCCACACAGCGAUGGAGAGAAGCUCAGCAAGGCUGCCAUCCUGCAACAGACAUCAGACUACAUUUUUGCUUUGGAGCAGGAGAAGACGCGGUUAUUGCAGCAGAACAACCAGCUCAAACGAAUCAUACAAGAGUUGAGCGGCUCCUCCCCGAAGAGGAGGCGUGCAGAGGAGAAGGAUGAAGGCAUUGGCUCACCAGACAUCCUGGAAGAGGAGAAGACUGAGGACUUGAGGAGGGAGAUGAUCGAGCUGAGGCAGCAGCUGGAGAAGGAGCGGUCAGUCAGGAUGAUGCUGGAAGAUCAGAUGCGUUCCCUGGAUGCACAGUUGUACCCAGAGAAACUUAAGGCCAUCGCCCAGCAGGUCCAGGAACAGCAGGUCCAAACACAGACCCUUGUUCAUCUGAACCAGCAAAAGCAGCUGGAGAGGGACCUUACUCCAGUCCACAGCCCGCAGGUGAUGGCUCCAGCUACCCCUCCUGCCCCUACACACCAUGCUACAGUCAUUGUUCCCGCACCGGUCCAAGCCCCUCAACCCCAUCACGUCACCGUGGUAACCAUGGGCCCAGCUUCAGUCAUCAACACGGUGUCCACAUCCCGACAGAAUCUCGACACCAUUGUUCAAGCAAUCCAGCACAUUGAGGGCACCCAGGGAAAGGCUUGUGUUGGCGAGGAAGAGCAGCGAAGGGCCGUCAUCGUCACUUCAGGUCGCGUGCUGUCCGAUGCGGCGGGCUCAGACACGGCUUCAAACAGCGACGGCCCCGAUGACUGUUCCCUCCCUUGAGUCUUUCCCCGGGUUUUUUCCCACACACCGUACACUUACACACUUAUACAGUAAAGGCCCAAGCUGACCAGGGCGAUGAGAGGCUUCAAACCCAAAACGCUCUUGUUUAGUGGACAUUAAUACGGCCGGUUGAGAGAUUGAAGCCCUCGUCCUUUUUAUGUUUUUCCUCCUCCUUUUUUU